GGGGCGGGGAGGAAUGGAGGGGAACGGAGGGGACGGGAUUCGAACCAGCACUCCUGAAGGCUGAGUCCUGGACGGGGUGUUCCAAGGUGGUGGGGGUGGGGAUUCUAGCCCUGACGCCCCCCAGCGGGGCGCCUCGAGCCCCCACCCCCCGCCGCGGCUCGGGCUCCCCCGCGAUCCUGGAUCACAAAGGCCGUUGCCAGGCGCCUGGUGGAGAAAAGAUGCGGCCCGGGAACAGCAGCCGCCACUCUGGAGCGUGCGUCCCACGAAGUUCAGCAGGUGAGCCCCCGGCCCGGAUGGUGAGACCGGAACCGGGCUCCCACUGCCACCUCCGUCUCCGCCAGAGCCGUCUGGGGCCGGCCUCCAGGGCAGGUCUUCUUGUUUGAAAUGUCACCAACAAGUCUUUCAAAAAAAAAAAAAAACUUUGUCUCACAAACGAUGGAGGAGGUGUCAACUUUCCACAGCACUUCCUGGGCGAGAAAAGAGGAGGGGCAAAGAAGCACACUUGGCUGGAAAGAAACGGAUCUGCUAUGCCUGUUAACAUAAGACUAUCAAUGGCAGGAUACCAGCUCUGGUCACCAUGGACCCCACUGGACGAGAGCUUCCAAUGGCUGCGGCACACAACACCUACACCUUCUUCGAAGCACCCCUUUAGGGCUUCCCCCUGCUUCUCACACACUCCUUCUGAUCUUGAAGUGCAGCUGUGCUUUCAAGAGGUCACUCUAGUCCGAGACAGCCCAUUCCUGGAGGCUGGGGUGAGUCCUAAGUUACCCUGCCACACAUCAGAGCUCCGAACCAUGAACAACAAGAAAGGGCUGGUCAGGAAGCCCCAGCCUGUCCGCCUCAGUGGAGUGGAUUCAGUCUUUGGCAGGGUCAUCACAGCUCAGCCACCAAAGUGGACUGGGACCUUCAGAGUUUCAGAUAAGUCAGCCUUUUGCAAAAUCAUCAGCCGGGGGCACCAGUGGCCCACUGGACUUAAGGAACCUCAGAUUCAGAUGACAGUGACCAUGUGCAAACAGAUGCUGCGCUCUAUCCUCUUGCUGUAUGCAACAUACAAGAAGUGCACCUUUGCCUUGCAACACUCCAAGUAAAGGGUCCCCAUCUGAUUCGUUCCUCACACCAUACCCUUUGCUAUGUGCCUGAAGCUUACAGAAACCUGUCCACGUAAAGGGAACCAUGACAUGGCCCCAGCUACCUUGCUUUUCUUGCAGGCAGUGACAAUUCAGGAGCCCCUCUCCUCCCUCUCCCUCCAAAAAAGGGCCAGUGACAGAGCAAGGGAGAACAUUUUGACUGUAAAGUUGAACAGCCGUUUAAAAGAGAGUCAAACUACAUGUAGAUGUGAUAAAGAACCAUUAAACAAACCAUAUAAACCAA